CUCUCUCUUUCUCUCUCCCUCUCCCUCACUUGUGACUGCGUCUCUUCGCCUCUAUAUAUACCCAUCCCCAAUACUAAGACCAUCAUCAUCAUCUACUCUUGCUACAAGAAGCUAAAUCAACCAACACUCCAUAGUUCACAAGUGAAAUUCACUAUACACAUACACAUAUAUAAACCUACGAUUAUUAUUGUCAUAAAUAUACAAUCAAUUAUGGGAAAUUGCAAAUCCUGUAUCUCUGUACAGCCCCAAACAGAAGCGAUCCUCAUCGACGCUUCUGGAAUUCUCAAACAAAUCAAACUCCCAAUCACAGCCGCCGAGAUCAUGCUCGAUGAGCCCGGCCACGUCGUAUCGCAGGCGAUGCAGAUCCGCCGAACUCGUCGGAUUCCGGCAAUGAAAGCCGACGAGGAAUUGUCUCCGGCGAAGGUUUACUUGCUGGUUCCGGCUAGUAGGAUCAACUCGGUGGUCUCGGAAUCGGAGAUGGCGCGGAUUGACUCGGCCUGUGAGAAGAGGCGGCCCAAACGACGCAGUUCCAAGGUUUUGCCGACGGAGACUGAGGGGUCCAGUGACAAAGUUGAAGAAGGUUCGCUUCCGGUUUUUCAAGGAAAUGAUACCGGCUUUACCGGUCAGCGGUUGGGGAAGGGGAACUCGUACCGACAGUGGAGGCCAGCUCUUGAGCCUAUUUCUGAGGGAAUUUGAGAACCACGUGGAGAUCCCCACAACUUGCCACGCAUUGUGGGACCAAAUGUUUGCUGACGUGGCAAGAAUUGUACAGUUGAAGAUUUGUGAUUAUUUUUUUAGAUCGUAAAAAAAGAAAAAAGAAAAAAGACGAAAAAAAAACAACACAACAAGUGGCCAUGUACCUUUUAAUUUAAUUUAUUUUGAAGAUUCAUUCAUUUGUUAAUCGUGUAUAUAAUGAAAGCAAGAGUUUUACUGGUUAAAGUAUGAAAUUUGUUUUGACU